CCCGCCGCCAGAUAUCUGGCGUAUGACUCGUUCGCCUCACCGUUUGCUCUCUUGUAACUUACAAGCAGCGCCGGAGCUGUUGUAUCUUUAGUGCCCAUAUCGAGUCAGAUUUAACCAGCGUGUUCGAGGUCAGCGAACAGACAGCGCUGCUCCCCUGCCUAUAUCUUCUUCACAGCAGCCCACAGCCCUAACCUACACACCGGCAGAGUUAUUAAAAGUUUUUGCCCGGAAUUUCAUACCCAUAGUACCAGGCAAGCCAAACCCGAGGAUUCAGCACUCUUUGGUUUCGCAGUCGACUAGAGACUAGAGCUCCGACUCAGGGCACAGUACCCCGGACCAUCGACAUACUCCCCAAGUACUACACGAGCAGGAUAGUCAGGCAUUGAUCAAGAUGGAUUUCGCGGAUUUCGAGGACGUGAAGAACAAAAUUGUGAAAUUGAAGUAUGAUUUGGACGUGACAAAAGGGGAGAAUUACGAACUCCAAGAUGCACUCAAAAAGACCAACAUGAAGGCGGACGAGACCGAGGUCAAGUUUGAAAACACAGAGAGAGCAAAGGAAUGGCUGGCGCACCAGAUGAACGAGCUGAAAGAUGGCAUGGACAUCUUGAAGAGCGAUCGGGUGAAGCUGGGGGACUGGCUAGAACAAACCAAGGAGGAGAACGAACGGCUGGCCUCCAAACUGGCGCGUACGGAAGAGGAACUAGAAAACAUUAAAGAUGCAAACAGCGAGCUGAACAGUCAACUGGCGGACAUGAAGGCGACUAAAGAGGCAAAUGAAACUCUGACCCGGGAAUUGAACCGCUUGAGGGACGAGAAAGAUCGAAUGGCGGACGAACUUGAACAAACCGGGUUGCUGUCCAGAAAUCAGAAGAUGGAACUGGACCGCCAGAACGACGAAGUAGCCAGAGCCAGACGACAGUUGGAUGAAUCUCUGAACGAAAGGAAUCGUCUGUGGGCCAGGUUGGAAGCCGGUACGAACGAGAGCUUUUCAGAGAGAGAAGAGAUGGAGAAAAUGAAAGACGAGAACGAACGACUGCUGAAAAGUAUCGACAUGAUCACGGACAGCUACGAGCAGGCCAAAGAGACGGCGGACUCCCAGUUCAGAGAGUUGCGGACCCUGCGAGAAAACAUGGCCGACUAUGAAAAUUUCCAGAGGCAGUUUGAGACGCUGAAGAUCGACCACAGCACCGCUACGGACGAUCUGGAGGCUGCGAAUCGCCAGCUGAUGAUGACCAAGCAGGAAGUGGAGACGCUGCGCGCUGAUAACUUGAAGCUGACGAGAGAAAACGACCAGCUGAAGGAAGACAAUGAGCUGUUAUGGAGCAGGCUGCAGCAGUCUCAGUCCGACAAAGAUCGCGUGAUGAGCGAGAUUGCGCGAGAAUUGGCGGGAUUGUAACACCGGCUGAGACACAAUAUGUUCUAUUCAUUAACAAAAAAGAAGUAGUCUGGUAUCUGGAAACGGGUUUUACUCCCUCUAACCCUCCUCAAACGCGAAGGUAUCGUCCUGUACGAUUUACCUCCGUAGACGUGUGAUCUGGUCAUUUGACUUAUUGACGGCUUUAAGACAAUCCAUUCUGCCUCGUUUUCGAUGACAUGAUUUUUUUAAUCCAAUGUAUAACUGAAAUUUUCUGUUCGAGACCCAUUAACAAACUAAGCUGGAUUACACUGCAUGGAGGCAAAUUAUCGACAUAAUCUUGGCAAGGUGGGAGAAAGAGAUUAUUGAACCUAUAGUGACCAGAAACUGGAUUAACCAAAGGAAAUAAAGACAAAUAAUAACAAAAAGUCACUGAAACUGAUUACACUGCCGGACUUUCGUAAAUACAACUAAACCUAGGUAAUUUUAUAAGAUCCUGUAAAAAACAUGUAGUUAGUUGCCUUUCAUAUUGAACUGAGGUUCAGUUAGUAGCGAGCCUUGUCUGAAGGUAUUAUUUAUCUUCUUUUCGUUCUUUCUGACAAUUGUGUGGAUAAAAAUGGUGAAUAAUACAAAAUGUAAUGCUUUAUGUGAUAGCCCUUUGUUUACAGAAAAUCGUAGAGCUUUAUAUGGGAUCAAAUUUUGUUUCAGAAUCCAGUUUAUGCGUAUUUAUCAGUUUGCUUCGGAUAUUUACAUAUCAUUAUGUUAUAUAAAUAGUAGUUGUGUAGUGGCGCGAUUGUUUGUGACAGAGGUAAUUCUUCCCGGGCCGGCCUGUUUGGGAGAUUGCCAUACUACCCCCAGCCCCCAUCCACUCUGAUACCUAUGCCCAAACUGACUUUGGAAUAAGCAUCAGUUGAGCAGUAUUCUUUAUCGCGUAAGAAAAAAAUCUACUUUCUUUCGUGUCAUUGUACGCGCAUUGUUUUGUGCACAUGUAUGCAAAUGUUUAUUUACUUGACGUCAACCUUUUUUCAUUCUAAUGUUCAAAUAAAAUGUAAAAUUAUAUGAACCAA